GAAGUGUCACCUGAGGAGUUUCGCCCCUUUUUGGCGAAGAUGAAGGGGAUUCUUAAGAUAUCCUGGAUUUGAAAUAAAGACACUCUACUACUAUAUUGAAGAAAGCGGGGAAAACCACUAGAUCAUUCAGGAGCAGGACCCAGUAGUGAGAACAGAGAGGCUUGAAACAGAAGUCCAAGAACUCACAGCCUGAAGUAAGCAUAGAACCUUCAAAGCAGCAGAGAGACCUGGAAACCAAAGUCAGAAAUAACUUUCAUCCCAGGAUAUACCUUAUAAAAAAGAAGCCUGGGACUCUAACUCAGCUUCAGAAGUCUAUUGCGUCUGCAGACAUGGAUUUCAACCAGCUGGAGGCAUUCUUGACUGCUCAAACCAAAAAGCAAGGAGGGAUCACACCUGAGCAAGCUGCUGUCAUUUCCAAGUUCUGGAAGAGCCAUAAGACAAAAAUCCGAGAGAGCCUUAUGAACCAGAGCCGCUGGGACAGUGGGCUUCGAGGCUUGAGCUGGAGAGUUGAUGGCAAAUCGCAGUCAAGACAUUCACCUCAAAUACAUACUCCCGUUGCCAUCAUGGAGCUGGAAAUAGGGAAAAGUGGGCAGGAAUCUGAAUUUUUGUGUUUGGAAUUUGAUGAGCUCAAGGUCAAUCAAGUCCUGAAGAAGCUCUCAGAGGUAGAAGAAAGUAUCAGCACACUGAUGCAACCAGCCUAGCUGAAGAUGGAGUUGUUGAAGCAGAGGUGUUCAUGAUCCCUCCCCAGAGGCCUGCUUUUUUUAAAAAAGAACAACCUUAUUCCCCCAGUAGUAUUAAAUCCUCAAGUUGAAAUCUU